CCACAGACAUACACAGCACUCCUGUCCACGGAACGGCAUCUUCCGUUCAUACUCAAUCUGUUGCCACAAACUUCAAGGACGAAACAGUGCUCAAACGACUUGCGAAGGAGAUGAGGUCGAAGACGGUUGAAAUGAACUUCGAUCAGUUCAUGUCGCGUUACAUGCCGGGCCCUGACCUCCCGCCUGAAUCCGUGCUCAAUAUCCCUGACUUUGAUGAAGAUAAGCUCAUGAUGUCGGAAAACCAUGUCUGCGUUGAGUUGUGCCGAAUUGCGCAGGUCAUCCUAGAUGGCUGUCCCGGGGAGGAGAAACUUGUUGCAAAGAAUACGCGAGACCACCCGGAUUCCAGUGAUUAUCACGACUACGCAGAGCAGCUCAGAGUUGACGUGUCUUUCUAUCCGACUCAUGGCGAUGCUACAGCCGACUACGCGCUUCCGCAUGAGAGCUCGAAACAAGCCUCUCAGUUCCGGGCUUCGACGCGCUGGGCUUGGAUCUCGUUGCUAGUGGAGAUCAAGACGGUCCACGACCAGUGCGCUUUCGAGUUCGAGAACAAGAGCAACGCCGAUGGCGUCAAGGAGUCAGCGACCGAGGACAACGGGAAUGCAAGGAGCGAGAGCAGGGGCAAGGGCAAGGACAAGGCGACCGACGUCUCCACCAACCCUGAGGAUCCCACUAAUCAGGCCGACAACACCAAGCAACGCAAUGAGGACGACGCGAAACCAAAGCCAUUCACCCGACCUGGUAAAGGGGCGACUAAGGCGCUUGCACAGAUGGCACAGUACGCCGCGAAGCUGUUCAGGAGGCAGCAUCGGCUGCACCUGUUCACGCUCUUCGUCUUUCAGGGCCAGGCUCGCGUCAUCCGCUGGGACCGAGCCGGCGCCAUCGUCUCGACGCCGAUCGACUUUAAGAAGGAGCCGUCGCUGCUGCACCAGGUCAUCUGGCGGUACGCAUCCAUGGACCAAGUGGGGCGCGGAUUCGACCCGACCGUGGUCAGGGCGACGGACGACGAGGUCGCAGCCAUGCGGCGCUGUGAAGGACCGGCUGCGUGGGUUAAUCAAGCUCGCGAUAAUGCUCUUGGCCAACCAGGAUGGCCGGUCUACAAGAUCAAAAUGCGGACCAACGAUCGCAUAGACCAACAGGGCAUACAACCGCUCUCCGAGUUCUUCUCCGAACGUGAUGACUCGAAUGCGCUCGACGAAUCAGAGAGGCCGACGGACGGAGAGUACUUCAUUGUCGGCAGGCGACACUUCGCCACCGACUCUCCAACCGGGAGAGGAACAAGAGGAUACAUCGCCUAUGAUGUCUCUCGUAAACGUCUGGUCUUUCUUAAGGACUACUGGCGGGCCCAUAUCAAAAGUUCGACGCCCGAAGGAGAGGUGUUGCGGUUGAUGAGGAGCAAUGGUGUGCGGAAUGUUCCGACGCCCAUAGCUGCUGGCGUUGUGCAGGAUGACGCAGGCGUUGUGCAAGAGACGCGUACACAGGCGGAGUUACCCCCGGAUCAGAGGACGAAGUGUCCUUCGCCAACCCAAGAACACUAUCGUCUCGUCGUGAAAGAGAUAGGUCAGAGGCUUGACGAGCACGAGUCUCCGAAGGAACUCGUUGAAGUGAUGUUCGAUGCAUUAAGCGCACACAAGCAAGCAUGGGAGUUGACCAAACUCCUCCACCGAGACAUCAGCGCCGGCAAUAUCCUCAUAUACCGCUUCACCGACAUCAACGGGAGGCUGUGUGUAAUCGGUCUCCUAAUCGACUGGGAUUUGUGCAAGUUCCAAUGCUACUUGGAGACGGUGUCGCGUCCUGCGCGAUCGGGUACGUGGCAGUUCAUGUCUGCUCGGCUCCUCAGCAAGCCCGGGAAGAGACAUGAGGUCGCGGACGACCUAGAAUCAUUCACACACGUCCUCAACUGGAUGUGUUUCCGGUUUUGCCUGCACCGCUUGUCGGAGAAAUGCGAUAUUCUCAAGACGCGUAUACUGGCCCUAUACGAGGAACAAGGUGUCCAGAAUGGUGACGAGAAUAAAGAAGAGAUAGGUGGCGAGCUCAAGAGGACUCUGCUCUAUAGCGGAAAUCCAGCCGUUGAAUUGGAAAACCUGGACACUCCACUGAGCGAGCUUCUCAAGGACCUCGCUUCGAUGUGUCGCAAACACUACCUGGCGGUCGACGGGCCUGCCCUCAAACCUAAGCCUCGCGGCGCUGUUGCAGUGGGUGACGCGAGUCGUGAUGCACGGUCCGAGAAGUAUCAACGCAUUGCGGCGGCGCACAGGUCAGCCAACGCCGGCGGAAGCCAGGAGGCGCCUGUGGAAACGGGAGCCGAAACGCUCAAAGACCACGAAAAGAUGUAUGGCGCUUUUGCUUGUGUGCUCGCUGCGCCCUCGGAGCAGUGGGAUGAAAUCAAACGAACGACGGACCGAUUCCAGCUACCUGAGUUCAAGAAGUCUCCCGUGUACCAGCACAGCACUGAACAGUCGAGCCGGUGGUCAUCGGGCUCCAAACGAUCGUUGGAAGGAGAAUCGGCGGACUUGGCGAGGCCUGGCCCAUCGAAGCGCCUUCGGAGCUCGACUAGGGGACUCCAGUCGCUGGAGGAAGAGGCUGGCGCCCAGGAGUGAUAGGUUGAUGCCGAUGUUCUGCUAGUGUGCUGUAUUUUCACUAUGAUAUGUAUCAUUGUCACCUAGUGUUUGUCUAUCACUGUGCUUUCCAACC